GCCUGAGCGGCGGGGUGGGCUCGCAGAAGAGCGAGGGGCGGUGGCGGCUCGAGCGCCCGGCGUCGCGCGCCGAUUGGUUGGUCCGCAGCUUCCUCCGCCCCCAACCAAUCGCUGGGCGGGACUUCCUGGGGGGCUCGCUGCGCCCGCGUCGCUCCGGCGCUUCGGGAGUGCGAGGAGGUCGCGCCCCGCGCAGUCGCCAUGAGGCUCCCUAACGCCUGCCUGCUGCUGCUGCUCCUGGCGCUGGCGCAGCUGCUGGCCCCGGCGAGCGCCGGCGGGGCGGACGAAGAUUCUCCUGAUAAGGAAAAUGCCAUUGAGGAUGAAGAGGACGAAGACGACGAUGACGACGAUGAGGAGGAAGACUUGGAAGUUAAGGAAGAAAAUGGCGUCUUGGUCCUGACUGACGCCAACUUUGAUAACUUCGUGGCUGACAAGGACACGGUGCUGCUGGAGUUCUACGCGCCGUGGUGUGGACAUUGCAAGCAGUUUGCUCCGGAAUAUGAGAAAAUUGCCAGCACGCUGAAGGACAAUGACCCCCCGAUUCCUGUGGCUAAGAUAGAUGCCACCUCGGCGUCCAUGCUGGCCAGCAGGUUCGACGUGAGCGGCUAUCCCACCAUCAAGCUCCUGAAGAAGGGCCAGGCCGUUGACUACGAGGGCUCCAGGACCCAGGAAGAAAUCGUUGCCAAGGUCAGGGAAGUCUCCCAGCCCGACUGGACACCUCCGCCCGAGGCCACGCUGGUGCUGACGACAGACAACUUCGACGAAGUUGUGAACGAUGCCGACAUCAUCCUGGUGGAGUUUUACGCCCCCUGGUGCGGGCACUGCAAGAAGCUGGCGCCUGAGUACGAGAAGGCGGCCAAGGAGCUGAGCAAACGCUCUCCCCCGAUCCCCCUGGCCAAGGUUGAUGCCAUUGCAGAGAAGGACCUGGCCAAGAGGUUCGAUGUGUCCGGCUACCCGACCCUGAAAAUCUUCCGCAAGGGAAAGCCUUUUGACUACAAUGGCCCUCGGGAGAAAUACGGCAUCGUGGACUACAUGGUGGAGCAGUCAGGGCCUCCCUCCAAGGAGAUUCAGAGCCUGAAGCAGGUGCAGGAGCUCCUGAAGGACGGGGACGAUGUUGUUGUCAUCGGGGUCUUCCAGGGGGACAGUGACCCUGCCUGCCAGCAGUAUCAGAACGCAGCUAACAGCCUGAGAGAAGAUUACAAAUUCCACCACACUUUUAGCUCUGAAGUUGCGAAGUUCCUGAAGGUGUCCCCGGGGAAGCUGGUUGUCAUGCAGCCUGAGAAGUUCCAGUCCAAGUACGAGCCCCAGAGCCAAGUACUGCAGGUUCAGGGUUCCACCGAGGCUUCCACCAUCAAGGACCACGUGGUAAUGCACGCCUUGCCCUUGGUGGGCCACCGCAAGACCUCCAACGAUGCCAAGCGCUAUGCCAAGCGCCCCCUGGUGGUUGUCUACUACACUGUGGACUUCAGCUUCGACUACCGUUCUGCCACUCAGUUCUGGCGGAGCAAGGUCCUGGAGGUGGCGAAGGACUUCCCUGAGUACACCUUUGCCAUCGCCGACGAGGAGGACUAUGCCUCGGAGUUGAGUGACCUGGGGCUCAGCGAGAGCGGCGAGGACAUCAACGCGGCCAUCCUGGAUGAGGGCGGGCACAGGUUUGCCAUGGAGCCCCAGGAGUUCGACGCCGAUGCCCUCCGGGACUUCGUCACCGCCUUCAAGAAGGGAAAACUGAAGCCGGUCAUCAAAUCCCAGCCGGUCCCCAAGAAUAACAAGGGCCCAGUCAAGGUGGUGGUGGGCAAGACCUUUGACACCAUCGUCCUGGACCCCAAGAAGGACGUCCUCAUCGAGUUCUACGCGCCCUGGUGCGGGCACUGCAAGAAGCUCGAGCCCAUCUACACCAGCCUGGCCAAGAAGUACAAAGGCCAGAAGAGCCUGGUCAUCGCCAAGAUGGACGCCACCGCCAACGACGUCCCCAGUGACCGCUACAAGGUGGAAGGCUUCCCCACCAUCUACUUUGCCCCCAGUGGGGACAAAAAGAACCCAGUUAAAUUUGAGGGUGGGGACAGAGACCUGGAGCACUUGAGCAAGUUCAUAGAUGAACACACCACAAAGCAGAGCAGGACCAAGGAGGAGCUCUGAGGCCACCGCUCUGCAGGGGCAGGAGGGCCACCGCGGGGCCAGGGCCACUGGCACGGUGAUGGCAGCGUGGCUUUUUUGUUUAUUUUUUAUACUUUGGUAUGUCACCUCGUGCUCUGAAUACUGAAUAGCCAUGAAUGACUAGUUUAGGCCAGAUUUUUAUGGAGGACACAUCUAUUUUUAUCAUUUGGGGUCUUUUUUUUUUUUUUAACCUUUUACUUUAAUAUUUCCUCAAAGCACCUAAGUUGAAUCUCUUCCACGUGAGAAUUUUUUUUAAUUUAAAGUUAAAAAAACCUUUGCCAAAUCA